UAAUGAGUUCAAAUAUGAGUGAGAUUUGAUAUGUCUGUCGUCUAUAUUCAAUUGUUUAUGGUUUUUCAUUAAUAUUUAAUAUUACUUCAAUAACAAUGUUUCGAAAUGUUGUGUAGUAAAUACAAUGCAACAUAUUUCUUAACACUCAGGGUUUUUCUUUAAUUUCUGGCUGCUGUUGCUGUACAUUUCAUAUAAGUGAGAAAAAAAGUAAUUCAAUUUAUAGCUUGGUUUGUGCUGAAAUAAGAGAAAAAUUGAAUGUGCAGCAAAAGACAGACAUAAAUCUAAGACCUUUAAACGAUUAAUGCAGCAUUAAAGUAGCACAGUGUAAAGUCUUGAAAAAAAAAAAAUCAACAAUAAAGCUGUCCUUUAUUAUCUUUUUGAACCACAGCAGGACCGGAAUGUUCCAUUAUUAGGAUUUUGUUUUCCGCUUAGUCACCUUUUGUCUACUAAUCCAUUGUUUAUAGCUUUUUAAUUUCACCCAGGCAUCUGUUUUUCAGUUGUUCUGACAUUUGGGAAAGUGUAGAAAGAAAGAGAAGAAGAUGGGAGAGAAGCAAACCUCUGCUCUCAUUAAUGCAGCAGGAGAAUGAGUUGUCUGAUAGCAUGCAGCAGAUGAUGAGGUGAAAUCAUACUGAACUGAUUAUUCCAUUAGUCUUUUGUUUGACUGCUCAUUGUUGUGCUGUGCUGUGCCCACAAUGCUUUGCGGCUUUUGGUCGCUCGGCGCGGCCCUGACAAAAACAGCAGGUGUUCAAAUACUAGCGCGCAAAGAGUUUAGAGAGUGAAAGUAAAUAAAAGACUCAUUUGAAUGUGCAAACAGAGCACAGUGAAACAUCUAACAUCUUUUCGUUGUCCCUCGCUGACAAAAGUGAAAAGUGAUCACAGGCUCGAGUGUUGAUCGGCUCAAGCUUUCUUUGACAUUCUUUCUCCAAAGCCACUCUUCCCUGUUUAUCUUUUCUCAUCCUGCCAUUUCUGUGGGAUUUUCCCCAACCAGGAUGGUGCUCGAGCGCAGCUGCAUGGUAUGGAAACCGAAUAACUGGCUUAAAAAAGCUCAUUAGUUAGUGUUCUUCCAGCUAAACCCCCACAAAAAAACGUCAUCCGCUAACACAAGGUAGCGGGUUAAUAGCAAAUACAUUUUAAUUAUCUCCACAAAAAGCUAAUGCAAAUCGGAAAAGCACCAUCAUCCCUUCUCCAGAGUUUUAAUGACAUCCGUUAUAGCAGUGCAUUAGACAGAUAAGAAUAAAGAGUCUUUGUUUUCUCCAGGAAUGUAAUAGGAAUGUAAUAUAAUUUAUUUUAAAUGGUAAUUCUUUCACUCUCGCUCACACUCCUCAUUUUUCACUAGUCAGAACCUUGUCCUUGAAAUGAUUUGCUUCAUUUCCAUGUGUAGAUUACAGCCCCACAUCAUCAUCAUCAUCAUUAGCAUCACAUUCACAGCUCUGAGUCUAGUGUUUGGCUGCUUUCACAUUUUCACACUAGGCAUUUUAUUCUACAGAAAAUACACUAUCUGAAGAGCUUUUUGUGCUGCUAUAAAAAAAAAAAGGCUCAUGCAGCGCACCCACUGUAACCAUAACAACACCGUUACCGCUUCUGCGUUCCAGUAGUACCGGCUAGUAAGCUAGCUGAUCCAUCUUUUCACCUUUCUCAAUAUCGAAGAUUUGUCAUGUUGUAAGUGUCUUUAUAUCGGUUCAUGUACAAAACCGAAUUUUCUGCCUUUUUCGAAUGUUUCUACAUUUUUCGCGUCUGCCCUCUUCAGCUGUGUCCUGACUGGUCAUCACUUGGUGCCUUCUAAAAAACUUUUUUGAAGUGACGGAAAAUGUCAAAGCUUUUUAAAAACAACCGUGUACUUGUAUCCAGUUUCUUUACGCUACUGGUAGAUGAUACAAAUUCCCAAUGUGAAAUCAGCCUUAAAUAGUGCUGUUUGGCAUUCUGGCCUUUAAUUCUGUUCAGUUUAUAUCUCCACUGCCAAACAUCUUGUACAUCCCAAAUACAAUGUGUCACUUUGAUUAUGUUUUCUGUUACACUUUCAAUCCGAGUCUAAACAACACUGUUUGUGUACUCUCACGAUCCAAGGACUCUCAUUUCCAAAGCCUGGAAACUCAUACUCUAGGUUGUGCUUGACAGAACUAAUGUGAGCAAUUAAUCAUUUAACUCUAGCACGUGAGAUGAUAGUGAAUCAGACACAUGGAAGAAGAUAGGGACCUUUAAUACACGUGUUUGCACUGUCUUCCAGAUCACCAACCAUGAAAUUGUUUUCAUACCCAUUACUGCAUGUUUUCGAUUGUAAUACAAACCUUCGGUUCCUGCAAAGUCGGCAAAGUGCUUAUUCCUUUCCCGUCCUUUCUCUUUAUUUAUAUGGCUAAAUAAAGCUUUGAGCGCGAUUGUGCCGUAAUACGUUUUGACACAUGUUCUCAUUUUGAUGUUGAAUGAAGAAAUAAGGAAUGAGUAUAAAACCAGAGAAUUCGGUGAGCAUUAACUCGACUCUGGGGAAAAAAUGAGAGAAAGAAAAGAUGAUUGAAGCAGUGCAAGUCUUUCAGACGAACAUAUGGUUCCCCUCAGUGUGGAUAUUUAUUCCAUACACGUAUUACAAGCCGAGAGUGGCUGCUUUGUAGAUGGCUUCCAAAAAUUGUACAGUGAUUGCUUCAUUGCUGAUGUGAUUUCUAUUGGCCUCAGAAGUAUCCUUAACAAAAAUGCCAGCCUGUUCCUCUGUGCUACAGAGUAAAUGAAUGUUGCAUUUUGGUUCUAAUAAAGUUGCAUUAGGGAAGCUGAGCAGCUGGUUCCCAUCUGGAGCUUAUUGGGAAAGUAUUGACAUGAGGAGGAGGCAUGUAGCAGUAGGUAUACAUACACUACCCUCCAUUAGAAACCCUUCAGAUUUAAUUUUUAUCCCUCGAACUCCAGAGAUCUGAGGUAACUUACAUCAAUCAUUCUCAUAACUACAUACUUUUGCUAUUAGUUUCACUGUAGUUACGGAGUAAUGCAUUUUAAAAUGAAUAACUGAACAAUAAGGGAGUGUAAGGGGUUAAAUGAUUUAAAAUGUAGAAGUAUAGAUAUUUUGAUAGUGUUGCUGUGACAGUGUAGUUUCUGUAGAAAAAGUUAUUUAAAUUUUACCAAAAGGAAAAUCUCUACACCAAGAGAAUAGUUUAAUAGAGUCAAAACUCACAUCGUUGUUACUAACAGACUUUUAUUUCACUAGCACAUGCACUAUAUAACCAAUUUCUGGACACCUGACCAUCUUCUGGAAACUGUUGCCACACAUAUUGGAAGCACACAAUUGUACAGAAUGUCUUUGUAUGCUGUGGCAUUUCAAUUUCGCUUCACUGGAACUAAGAGACCCAAACCUGUUCCAACAUGACAAUGCCCCUGUGCACAAAGCGAGCUCCAUGAAGACAUGGUGUGUUAAGGUUGGAGUGGAAGAACUUCAGUGUCCUGCACAGAGCCCUGAACUCGACCCCACUGAACACCUUUGGGAUGAACUGGAGCACUGACUGAACCCCAGAUCUCCUCACCCAACAUCAGUGCCUGACCUCACUAAUGCUCUUGUGGCUGAAUCAACACAUCCACACAGCCACGCUCCAAAAUCUAGUAGAAAGCCUUCCCAGAAGAGUGGAGCUUAUUGUAACAGCAAAAGGGGGACUUAAACAAGCACAUAUUGGUGUGAUGGUCGGGUGUCCACAAACCUUUGGCCAUAUAGUGUAUUUUUCAUAUAACAAUAAAAUGAUAAUAAAAUGAUUACACUGCAUAAAAGACAUUCUUAAUUAACAUUAGGAAUGUGUUAGGAGCAUACAGUGGAGUGCAAAAGUUGGCACACCCUUUAAAUAAAGCCAUACAGAGGGAAAAAACGCUGUUUCACAGAAACAUUUCCAUGGAAAAUCUUCAAAUAGCGGAUAUUAAGAAAUGACAAGUUAUUAUUAGGAGUGUAAAUAGUGUAUGUUGACAUUUAAGAUGAACUGUCUGGCAACACGACAGUUUUACAAAAUUGUGUGAGAAGAGGUUGUUCAGACACUAAAGUAGUAGGCUAUUAGUUUAGAAGUUUACAUUAUGAGAAUAAAACCAGUUUUUGGUGGUGGGCUCAAGCAUUUGGAUCAUAUUAUUAUUAUUGCUCAUAAUGAAAAUAGUGAAAAGGAUUACCUUGAUGGUUUUGGAUAACCUUGAGGCAUUUAUCUGACAGUUUCCUGUUGAACUAGUUUUUUUAACAUUCAAAUUUCUAGGUUAUUAUGCUGGACCUGCUGAAGGUUCCUGGGAGAAUGGAUAUGUUUAGACCAAGGCCAGUAUUUGUCAGUGAACUCAAUGAGCUUAUUGUUUGAGUGUAGCUGAAAAAUCAACUUCCUCCUGUCUGUGUAGACAUUUAUUUAUUUAUUCGUCUUCAGUUAGCACUUUAUCCUGGUCAGGGUAGUGGUGGAUUCAGAGCCAAUCCCAGGAACACUAGGUGAAAGUGGGGGAAGUAUUGACUCUGGAAGGGAUGCCAGUCCAUAGCAGGGAACCAUGCAUACACACGUUCACACCUACGGGCAAUUUAGAGUCACCAAUCUACCUACUUGCAUGUUUUUGGACAGUGGGAGGAAAUGGGAGAACCUGGAGGAAACCCAUGAAGAACAUCCCAUGGAGAAAUUCCAAACAGACAGUAACCCAUGCUCAGGAUUGGACCCUGGAGCUGUGAGGCAACUCCACUGUUCUGCCCUCUAUGUAAAAUUUAUGACCCCAAAAAAAAGAAAAAUUCAUACAGUCAGCACUCUUACCUGGACCAGCACAAUGCAGUUACUUUGAGAAGUUUAUGUUACCUUUAAAGUUGAAGCUCGCCCACUAUGACAUUUCUUUUGUCCAAUGAAUUUUAUAUUUUAUUGCGCUUGGCCAUACUGGGCUCAAAUUGCUUUUUCACAGUAGCAGAGAAAUGCUAUUACAAGGCUCAUUGGCACACUAUUCACUCUUUGCAUGGUUUUGAUGAAAAUAGUACAGAAUGUAGAUAGUGGGCUUUUGAAGGGAUGUGUUUUUUUAUGGCAAAUGAUGUACUUUGACUAGUGCCAGAUCGAUGAAAAGCAUCACUAACCUUACUCAACCCUCACGCUCCUCAUCCUCCUCACAGCUCUGUUAAAUUACACUGGCAAAUUGGACACAAGCAUAUUCUCUCCUGAGACCUAAAAGAUAAUAUCCUUUCUUUCCUGCAUUUCCCAGCUCUCUUUCUUUCAGUUUUUGGAAAAGAUAACAAAGUAUCAGUAGCAUUAACUGGGUUUUGAAUAAACUGUUUCAGCCGUUGGUCAAGGUUAAAGCAGUCACAAUGGAGUAGUGUGGAAGUGACACAUUGUGCAGUUCUUUAACAUUGAACAUUUGUUAAUAUUUAAGAGUUAUCAUGAACAAGUUUUCUGAAAUAAUCAGAAAUGGUUUUGUAAGAUAAACAUACUCUGUGAUGAUUAUUUCAGGAUGCCAAGUUAACAAAUUACUGAACCAAUUUCUUUUAAUUUAAGACUAUACAUAUAGAAUUAAUAAAUAAAUAUGUUUAGUGUGUUGGCACUAGUCACUUCAUGUUUUGAGAGUUUAUAAAGAGACAUUUACUUUGUCUUUGUUCUGUAAUCAGAAUUUGUGCAAUCAUCCCAUAGUGAAGUCCAGUAUAUGAAUUACAGUGGAUUUUGGGGUCUGAGUCAUCAAAUUAAGACUUUAAACCAGCCAAAGAAAGUAAAAACCAAAGUUUGGUGAUUCUUAAAUAUUACUGAUAUAAAAUAAUUUAAAUAGUAAACACUAAAAUUUCCCCAGCUGAAUUGGCAAAGACAUGUAAUUGACAUAUUGGAACACCCUUACAACGGGCCAUGCCAUUUCUUAGCCACCGAUGCUUCUUUCUUACAAGUGUCCUUCCUACAAAUUUGAAAUAUUCUUCAUGAAGAGAACAUUUUUAUUCAUUAUCUUGGUCUUGUUCUUUACAGGGGUGGAAAAAUUAAGCAGAUUUAGCUACUCAUUCCGAAUGCCACCACAAAGCUGUCAUAUACGUCUCCUGCUAGCACAGUGAAUACAAUACGCCGCUUGCAGUUAAACAUAGACAGAAAACAAAGAAGGUCACCAGAUGCAAAUAAUAUUUUUACAUGCAAACUUUUCCAAGGACACCACAGCUCAUAGCUGAAAUGUUCGCCAGUGACUUUUGUCGAGGGCGCGAAAAGGAUGUGCUACAUGAUCUAACAAUUAGCUCGGCAUAUACUGUUUGGCCAAAUGGUUUGUAGACACCUGGCCAUCACACCCAUAUCAUACCCUCGAGUUGUUCCACAUUAACCUUGGCAAAGCAUGUCUUCAUGGAGCUUUGCUUUGUGCACAGGAGCAUUGCAAUGCUAGAACAGGUUUGGGCCUCUUAGUUCCAGUGAAGGAAAAUGGAAAAGUUAAUUUUGGCCAUAUAGUAUAUGUUGUUGCAGUGUGUUACUACUUCUUUUUAGCCUAGUCUGUUAGGUUAUGACUAGCCAAGCACGCUGGUGCUAAUAAAGUUAUGAUUUGUCUGUCUCUGAUGUAAAUGAAAUUGUCUUACUUGCAAUGCCAGAGUUAUAAUAUGCAGCUAGAAUCCCUGUAUAAAUCAACCGUAGAUGAGAAGUCUUUGUCUCUUUACAAACAAUAUGUCUAACUAAAUUGAUCCUCAGCGUAUUACUACAGAGCGUAAAAGAAACUCAGCACAUUCUCUGCUGUGGGCGUGUGUCAAUGUAUGUAUAUAUGUGCACACCCACACACUCGACCCACAUGUCAACUUGUCUGAGGGUCACCAGAUGCAUCCGACCAGCUGCUACGUUGGACACUUGUAGCAGUUCUUCAAUCCAGGAACUCUCUCAGUUUAACGAAGAACAUUCACUGCCUCCUGCUUUCUUGGCUCGCAUGUGAAAUCACUGGAGAUUUGAGAGAAAGAAAAAAAAAAAGUUUGCACAAGCAAGCUCCAAGCACCUAAUUCACUUUACAGCUCCAUCAUUUUGUUUUUGGGUUCAGUGCAGUAAAAUGUGUAAUAGACAAGGCUAGCGAAGUUAAAGAAAGGAAACAUUGACUCUUUUUGACUUCCAAUCUUUGUAAUUACUCUGCUGAUCAGCCGUUUUUUCUCUCUCCCUUCAAAAAAACCCCAUCCAUUUAAAGGCCCAUUCGUGAGGUCUAUUCAUCAGCGUGCUAUCAAAAGCUGAAGGCAAUUAAGUUGUUAUCUGCUUUAUCUAUGUCCCUUAGCCACUGUAAUGGAUGUGGAUGAGAUUGAGUAGGACAGUUUUAGUCCAAAGUGUGUUUAAUACUGAGUGAGAAAUAAUACAGGAGUGAUGUGCUUUCUGACUCGUGUAUAUUGCAUGUGGACUGUGAAUCUCAGCUGAAAAAUGAAGUGUUUGAAGGAAUAUAUGUAACAGUAACAUGGUAAUAUCUCUUAACGCUCCAGGGAGAGGUGGCAAAAAUGCAGUUUAGCCGAGGCAUUUAAGAAUUUUGACCCCCUGCUGUAGCAAAAAUUGUGCUUUUUCUGCUUUUUCAGACAAAACAGCAGUCAAAAUAAAUAAAAUAAAAUUCAACCCCGCAGAAAAGCCUAUUCACUGAAGGGCAAAGGACGUGAGGUGAGAAAAAUGCACAUUUUUGCCUUUUGCCUCGCUGUUCUUAAUGUCGGUUCUUCUGUUUCUUCUCUCUGUCUGCAAGAAAUUUCUCAUUAGCAAUGUUGGCGUCUCUGCCAAUGACACUUGAAGUACUUUCAAUAUAAGCUCUCAUAGGUAUGGACUGUUUCACUUCUUUCAAUUUUGAUAUGAUACGAAAGCCAGAACUCUGUGUAUCAGUGUACACGAUAACUCAGCCAACUCUUAAGAAAAGUUAUGUAAAACAUCACCAAACUACAAAACCACCCACAAGUUGGUGGUUUUAUGACAAGCUGUGCAUGUUCCCACAACACAUGCUUCACCUACUAUUUAUCUUCAAAAAACAAAGCUUGAAAUUAAAUAAAUGUAAUACGCCUGCAGGAACAUGGAAAAGUUAAGAGCAGGCCUCUUGGAGAAACUUCUGAACAUUGUUUUGUGCCUUGCUAUAGAAAUUAUAGUUAGCAAUUAUAUUGCAUAAAUUUUUAGAAAUUCCAAAUAAUCGAUGUGAUUCACAGUAGGGGUACUAACAUGGAGUGUCAGCUUUGUGGGUAGUGUUACAAUAAUGUUGACAUAAUGUCAUUACGACAAAAAUUAGCAGGUAGCGUUGCUGCCUCACAGCUCCAGGGUCCUUGGUUCGAUCCUGAGCUCGGAUUACUGUCUGUGCGGAGUUUUACAUGUUCUCCGCCUGUCCCUGUGGGUUUUCUCCAGGUUCUCUGGUUUCUGCAUGGUGCCCAGUCAGAGUGUAUUCCUGCCUUGCAGCCAGAUUUCCUGGGAUAAGCUCUGGAUCCAAUGCCACUCUGACCAGAAUAAACUACUCACUGAAGAUAUACGAAAGAAUUUUGGCCCCAUAUGAUCACCAAUCAGUAGUAUCGGUCCAUAUUUAUUUAUUUGUUAAUGGUGUGGUGAAGUAUUUAAAUCUGAUCCUAGCAGCUCUAGUGUCCAGUGUCGGUGUCUAAUCCGAGUGAUUACAUGCCAUCACUGUGUUUAAUCACUGACAUUACGGUAAAGAAAUCAGUAGUGUCUAGUCUCAUUGAUUCUGUAGUGGGACUGAGAGGCAAAGCCUAAUCUCAGCUGUUCUGCAGCGGGCCCGAGUGUGUAUGUGCGUCUAAUGAUUGUGAGGCUGAAGGGUUAGCCGACGAGAGCCACGACAUUUGGUGUAAUUCACCAGAGCGAGAGCUCGCACUUUAGAGCGAUGCCGUCGGACGGCCACGAGGUUGAGAGCUAAUUAGAGCUUUGAAAGCCUAUCAGUGCUGCGUGAUUGCUGGCUCUAAACGGGCACUAUUUGGUAUGCCUCGAAAGUUUUCCCCUCCCAGUGAGGGCUCAAUCUGCGGCAAAUUAUUUUCAUUUUAAUUGCUUGUAGGUGGAGACAUGAAAUAAUAGGGCAUAUUUGUGUUCAAUCCACCGCAUUUUGUAUCACAACGUGGAGGAAAGCACUGUUAGCAGGAGUUAAUUAACAAAUACGAGAAACUGCUCUAUGCGCUGAUGGCGUGUUCGCAACAGGCAAGCCCGCGAGUACUAACAACAAAGUGCUACAUAAAUCAAAGUGCUUUGCCUUGCCAAAGCAGAACCCUUGGGAGGUACCGUAGUGCUUAAUUAGAAUCUAGGAGGAUCUUGUUUUAAGUGUUGGCUGAUCAAGCUCUUGAAUAACAAUGACGAAUUAGGCCCACCAACCGCCAGCUGUGUGUUUUGGAAUGUGGAAAAUAUUAUAUCUUAUUUCUACACAGUUUAUAAAGUAGUAUGGGAAAGGCGCCAUGCUGAAGGCACUCCUGUUUCGUGUAGAUUUGUAGAGGCAUAUUAAGCUCGGGAUUACUGUUACUGGCAGCCGUGCUGCCAAAAUUAGUCCAGUGUGUUCAUUUCAGAAUUACCCAGAUGGGGUUACAUAGACUAUAUCGAUUUUAUGAGGCUAUUUAUGAAAGCUUUCUUUUCACGGUGUAAUAUAUAGAAAUGUGUCUGCCAGUCUUAAUUCAUAGACUUGGGAAAAUUAGAGCAGCAUGGUUUUGGUCACAGGGUAUUGCUGGUUUUUAACACAGGCUUAGAAAUGGCUUAAUGACACACCAUCACACUGAAAAACCAGUGUCUGGCUUUUAGCUUUGUCCGGUGUUUAGAUUUUCCAGUGCGGGACGUAUAACUGGCUGAUCAUUGCCACUUAAUGUCCAUAUUCUUUGGAAAAAUGGGUUUUCGAUGGGUCUUUCAAGAGUUCUUUAGAUAGUGAAUGGUUCUUAUCUUCCUAAAAGGGUGGUACUUGGAACCAUCUCUGCUAGGGAAUUUCUCUGUUGUAGGGUUCUACAUAGAACCCUUGUAGAGAGACAACUGAAAAACCAUGAUGGGUUUAGAUUUAACUCUGAGACUGCAGAAUAUUUAGAAAUCAUAUUGAUUUGCUCUCCAGACUCUAAAACCUAAAAAAAACCCCUAAAAACCUACCAGUUUGUAGCCCUUACACCAUAGGGUUUCUCUUUUAAAGAGGGCUGCAAAUAGAACCCCAUCAGGAAGCUAAAACCACUAACCAUCACAGGAAAGUUUUUCUUUGAGUGCGUGAGUUAAAUAUUGAUUAUGAACUUUUUUGUGUGUAUGUUUCUUCCACCACAGAAAAAACAAAAAGGUUACAUCUUUCACCCUGAAGACUCACCGUGGUUCUUUGGUUUAUCCUUCUAAAGGAUUUCUAUGCAGAAGGCUACAUAGAAAAGAGAGGGAAUCCCUUUCAGAAAAGUUUGUAAGUAGGACCCUGCUGGAAAGCAAGAACUCAUAACCUUCCAGAGGACUCAAGAAAAACUUUCACAAAAAAGGCUCUAUCUCGCAUCCCAAAGGUUUCUUCAGUUUAAUGGCAGGUUAUGUAUAGAAGCCUACAAGAAAGGGUUCCUCUUUCAGAAAUGGUUCCAAGUACAACCCCUGUAGGUAAAUAGAAGCCUCUAAACCAUCCAAAGAACCAUUGAGGAACCAGUUUUUGAAAGAACAGACACUUUCAGAGAAAGCGUUUCCAUCUCACAUUCUAAAGGGUUCUUCAGUUUGUCUCUCUGAGGGAAAGUUCUGUGUAGACACCUACAUUGGUUCUUUGGAUGGUUUGGAGGUACCAAGUAGACUCAUUGGUUCUUUGGCUGGUUCAGAGGUACCAAGUAGAUCCUUUAUAUACUAGAAGACUCUGAACCAUUCAAAGAACCAUUGAGGAGACCUGUCUUCUAUCAGUAUAUAGAAUUAUUGCUGGCUCAGUGGUGGCAGCUCUGGACCACUGACUGGAAGGUUGUGAGUUGGAAUCUCAGUACCACCAAGCUGCCACUGUUCGACUCAGUUCAGUGCUCAACUCAAUUUUAAGUCACUUUGGGUAAAAGUGUUAGGCAAUGUAUUAGCAUGCGAUCAUGAAUCCAUGCUAACGAUGGAGGGUCACAUGAUCAAAGCUACAGUGAUGGGAAUGACUGACACUUGUGAGAGUUGCGUAGCUUACAGUGGUGCAGAUGUGCCACAGACGGGCAUAUGGACUGCCUGUCUCGCUUGGCACCACAAACAGCCAUCUGGCCCUAAUUAUCCCUUAAACACGCUUUGUUAUACAUGACAACUCUGAUCUGACAGCAUCUCCACCAGUGUGUGAAACGCAAUGCCUCUGGCGAGAGAGCGGAAUAACAGAUUAGAAGGCGUCAGUCACACUGAGAUUGAUUUGAAUAUCACUGGAUGAAUGCGAGAACAGACCGAAGUAAAGCCUCACUUGAUCUUUGGCUCUGGAAAUUUUCCCAUAUUAAACAAGUGUGAGUUUUUCGCGAGCCUUUAUAAAGGGAAUCAUGACACCUUUUAGAAGGUUCAGAGGAAUUGAUAAUGUAAAUCCAAAGGCAAAUAUCCAGAAGGCCACUGGAUAGACUGAGUCAUAAGAAGUGAAAUUUAUGAACUGGCAUCAUAUACAGUGGAGUGCAAAAGUUUGCACACCCUUAGGAGUAGAGAUGACAUGAUAUAAUUUUUUUCCAUAUCAGUACUGAUACUGAAACAUUCAUAUCACUCUGCAAACUGAAGUUGACAAGGGGAAAAACUUUGACUCCUUCCUCUUUUUUUUGUGUUGAUUUUCCAGUAUUUUUUGGUUUAUUGUUUGUUUGCUAGUUACAUUGUCCUUUUUCACCCUGACACCAUGGGUGAUGCAAACUUUUGCACUCAGCUAUGCAUAAUUAUACUUUUUAGCAUACAGUGGCACGCUUUUUUGCAUAUCACCUUGGAAAGACACUGUGGUCAGAGUGUGUGAAGGUUAUGGUCAUUGUUCGAGAUCAGUGGAAGCAUUGCACUCCACUCUUAAAGUAUGAUUUCUUAAUUAUUACCCAUUAAUCAUCAAUAAGUGCUAAAGAUUUUAUCAAUCUGGAAAGUUAAUGAUUCAGAAACCAGAAACCGAAUAGGACGAAACCUUAGAAGGAUUAAAGGUUAGGAUAUGGGGCGUUGCUAGCUUUUGCAUCCUUCCUUACAUCUUGUUUUGUAUAAAAUUGAAAACCCGGUCAUAUCGUCAUUGUUAGUCUGAAUUCAUCCUAAUGUCUCAUGAGAACAGCUUCUCAGAAACACAGCAACUCCAUCAAAGCCCUCCAUCAAACCUGAUGCCUUUAAGUGAAGUGAACGAUGAGAUAAAGUCUCUGUCUGUGUUUGCUCUGGUGAUGGAAUGGCAGAGAAAUAUCUCUCCCUUUACCAGCCUGAUGGUUUGUCAUACUGCUUUCUCCUACGGGCCUGACUUGCUCUUUUAUUAUCCGUAAUUGUCAGAGUGAUUUGUCGGCGUGAUUUGUUGCAAGGUUGAGACUUUAUGCAGACCCGAGCUCUCUGCGCCUACACACCGGAGCACUGCAGAUGUCUUCCCUACAACAGAGAGCUAGAGAAACAGGUCUAAGGCAGCAGCCUAAUGAAGACAGAUGACUGUAGAGGUCCGUGCUGGUACAUGUGUUGGAGAUGGUGCUUGGCAACUGGCGUGUUUUCUAGAGUGUGUGUACUGCUGUUUAUUUUGGUGGUGCACACUCGUUUUCCCUUUCGGCCUCGAGGUCAGGACUCAAACACAGUGUAAGUCAGUGUAAGGUAAACACCUCAGUAUAUGUUCUUGUAAUGUUGGGCAACAGAAGAAAGCGGUGCCAAUGGACUAACGGUGUAUUAUGAAGCGCAGUGAAGAAUGCCGUAAAGGCUUUGGAAACAACAAUAACUACAUGAACAUGGCUGAUGCAAACGGGUCUCUGCUCGCUGGUGGGGAUACAUUUCACACUCCAAGUCUCGGAGAUGAAGAGUUUGAGAUCCCUCCCAUCACUCCUCCUCCAGAGACUGAGUCUGGCCUGGGCCUCCACGAUGGGGGCUCGUCCUUCCCUGGGCUUCCUGAGCAUCCCAACCCUCAGCGAGCUCAUUUCACCCCGCAGUUCCCACCUCAGAGCCUGGAUCUUCCCUCCAUAACCAUCUCCAGGAACCUGAUGGAGCAGGAUGGAAUGGGCAUUAAUAAUGGUCUCCCCGUGGGUAUUUCCCAGUCUCAGCUGCGUCAGUACCCACCAAACCCCACCAUGGUCAUGCGCUCCAUCAUCAACAUGAACAACCCCAAUGCGAUGAUGUCACGCAACCAGCUGACCACCAUCAACCAAUCGCAGCUGAGCGCCCAGCUCGGCCUCAACAUGACCGGACCAAACAUCACCCACACGUCCCCAUCUCCGCCGGCCAGCAAGUCAGCUACACCAUCUCCAUCCAGCUCCAUUAACGAAGACGAUCAGGACGAGGGGAGUAAGAUUGGUGAAAAGCGUCCAGCCCCAGAUGCCGGAAAAAAGCCCAAGACACCCAAGAAAAAGAAGAAGAAAGACCCAAACGAGCCUCAGAAGCCCGUCUCGGCAUAUGCGCUGUUCUUUCGAGACACCCAGGCGGCCAUUAAGGGUCAGAACCCCAACGCUACAUUUGGGGAAGUCUCCAAGAUUGUGGCGUCCAUGUGGGACGGUCUGGGAGAGGAACAGAAACAGGUUUACAAAAGCAAAACCGAGGCGGCCAAGAAAGAGUAUCUGAAAGCUCUUGCUGCUUAUCGUGCCAGUCUGGUGUCAAAGGCUGCAGCAGAGUCUGCUGAAGCUCAGACUAUCCGUUCGGUGCAGCAGACCCUGGCUUCCACCAGCCUCUCCCCUGGCCUGGCUUUGCCCUCUCCACUAUCCUCCCCUCUCUCCCAGCACCCCUCCAUGCCCUCAGCCUCCCAGGCCCUGCAGCAAGCCCUUCCUCGAGCCAUCGCCCCCAAACCGCUUCAGAUGCGCGUCGGAAACAGCCACGUCGUCACCUCGGUCACCGUGGCGCACCAAAACAUGGCAGCCGGCAUGCCGUCACAAAUGCUGGGCCAGAUGUCAUCGUCACAGAUGAGCCCGCCCAUGCACGCGGCCAUGCAGCAGCAGCAUUUGCAGCACCACCAGAUGCAGCAGCAGCAGAUGCACCACCAGCAGAUUCAGCAGCAGAUGCAGCACCAGCAUUUCCAGCAUCACCUGCAGCAGCAGCUUCAGCAGCAUCACAUGCAACAGCAGCAGCAGCAGCAGCAGCAACAGCAACAGCAGCAAAUGCAACAGCAUCAGCAUCAGCAUCAGCACAUGCAAAUGCAGCACAUGCAGAUGCAACAGAUGCAUCAGAUGCAUCAGCAGCAGUCGCAUUCGCCCGUCCAACACUCACCUGGAACGCCGCAUUCGGCGUCGCUCGGAAGUCCGCAACCACCGCCUCCGCCGCCUCAGAUCCAAGUCCUCUCACAAGUCAGCAUCUACUAACUAAAAAAAAAAAAUCCUGCAUUCUCAACUCGGAGAGAGAAGACAUAAAAAAAGCAUCGUUUCAAAGUUGCUUUUUUUCGAAGUUGCACUUAAGAAGUGUGUAAGAAUAAAAUAAGAAUGUUACAAAGAACUGUCCUUUGUUCUAGAUGGAUAUGCGGACAUGUGUAUAAAAAGAAGAAAGAAAAGGAGCCGAAGGCUAUUGCCCCGAAUUUGUCUAUAAAAUAGGCAGAGCUAUGAAGGGACAGAGUGCCUGAUUGUUAUUUUUUUGUGUGUGCUGUUUCUUUUUCUUUUUUUUAAUCUCUAUCUUUGAGAAAGUUUCUGGGCACAUUGAUGGCAGAGAGACGGUCGGGUCGGGCGAAUUUUUUAUAGCAAAGCUUUAUUUACGAGGCCAAUAUUGACGGUAACAAUACGAAAGCUCUAAACGGAAAGAAUCUGAUAGCUUUUGACUUGACAACAUGGAGGAUGACAGAUACAAAAUGGAAGUAUUGUUGAACUGUAAAGACGGGAACCUGAACAUGCAGGCGCAGCUUAUAACACACUGCAGAGGAGAUCAACUGCUCUCUGGACAGUAUAUCAAUAAACAUCAAUAAAACUUUUCUUCCUUUUCUCCUACCUACGUUUCUGUAAAAGAACCUUGAGGGAGGAACCGCAGAAUCUCCACUUUCCACAUCUCCGGAGAGAGCAAAACAACAAGAACUUACUUUUAUUACUGGAGAGAACAUAACAUGCUGCCAGUGAGCAGUUUUCUGUCAACAAGACUCAAAACCCGAAAACUCACAAUCCUGCUGCACAUGAGCUGAGGAAACGUUUCCUCAAAAAAAAAAAAAAAAAAAAAUCAACAAAAAAAACUCUGGCUCAAAUGUGUGUAUAAAUAGCACUCCAAAAAAUCUAUGUAUUUGUCUUUACCUCAAAAAUUUAAAUUAUGUUUCUGUUAAGUUUGUAUUCAUUUUGUGUAAUAAAAGUGCAUAUUUUAAGGAUAUUUUAAGGAGAAAUUGCAAAAAUGUCAAGGACUUACACCAGUGUUUUAAUGAUUCAUGUAUUUUUACACUGUUCCUUGAUGGCAAUUAACUGAAGGCUGGAAGUAAGAGUCCUAGCAGAAGCUAAAAAGUUGGAAAAAAAAUUGAAAGUAUUUUCUGCCAGUUGUAAAAAAGAAUACGGUGAUGAAGACAUAACAAGGAAGGUGUACAUUUUUCCAUAUCACCUGUUGGAGUUUGAAUAUGGAAGGCUUUAAAUUCUGUUGGUAAACUGACCUGUGGAUUGCAAACGUCGCAUAGUGCAUCUCCUUUUUUCUACUUUUUUUAUGAGUUCUAAUGGCAACAGUUCAUUUGUUAUUUCUUUGCUUACAAAUUGAAUCAUCUGCUUUUAAAAAUCUGUCCAUAGAAUAAACACAUUUGCAUAGA